AUGUAUAGAAUAAUAUCCACGCCGGCGUCUACGUUCCGCCAGUUCCGGCGACUCCGAUCCCGACCCAAGUUAACAACAGCGACAGAGGAGGAGCACGCUUUUCAGAUCCUAUGGCGGCACCAGAUACUGGACCCCGACAGCGACAUCGUGACGUAUUGGAACAGGGUGUUCCUCGUGACAAGCCUACUCGCCCUCUUCAUCGACCCUCUAUACUUCUUCCUCCCCACCGUGGGUGGCCCCGCCUGCUUGGAGGCCGACCCCAAACUCAGUAUCAUCGUCACCAUCCUCCGCUCCUUCGCUGACCUCUUCUACGUCCUCCACAUGCUCAUGAAGUUCCGCACCGCCUUCGUCGCCCCCAACUCUAGAAUCUUCGGCCGCGGCGACCUCGUCAUGGACUCCCACGAAAUCGCCAUGCGCUACCUCAAGUCUGACUUCGUCAUUGACCUCGCUGCCACCAUCCCUCUCCCCCAGAUUGUGAUUUGGUUGGUGAUUCCAGCGAGCACCAACGCAAGAACUGACCAUGCCAACAACACUCUUGCUCUUUUUGUACUUAUUCAAUAUGUUCCUAGGUUGUUUCUUAUCUUUCCUUUGAACCGGCGUAUUCAGAAAACCACUGGCGUUAUCGCCAAGACUCCAUGGAUUGGAGCCGCAUACAAUCUUGUUCUCUACUUGUUAGCCAGCCAUGUUACAGGAGCGACUUGGUAUCUAUCGUCAAUAGGGAGGCAGUUUAACUGCUGGAAAGCGCAGUGCAAUAUGGAGAACAAAUCACAUACCCUCUCUUGCUUUUCAAGUUAUCUUGAUUGCAAUAGUCUGGACCACCCUGAUAGGCAAUACUGGCUAAACAUCACCCGUGUAAUCACCAGAUGCGACGCAAAGAGCAAAAUCAACAUCAAAUAUAAAUUUGGGAUGUUCGCAGAGGCUUUCCUGAAUGAUGUUGUCGUUUCCAAAUUUAAGGAAAGAUACUUCUAUUGUCUUUGGUGGGGUUUGAGAAAUCUUAGCUCAUACGGACAGAAUUUGGACACCACCACAUAUCUUCCAGAGACAUUAUUUUGCAUCUUCUUAUGCAUUUUUGGAUUGGUUCUCUUUUCACUUUUGAUUGGAAACAUGGAGACGUACUUGUCAUCAAUGACAGUUAGACUAGAAGAAUGGAGGAUUCGGAAGAGAGACACUGAGGAGUGGAUGAGGCAUCGCCAGUUACCACCACAUUUGCAGGAACGCGUUCGCCGUUUUGUUCAAUAUAAAUGGCUUGCAACAAGAGGAGUUAAUGAAGAAGAGAUACUGCAAUCUUUACCUUUGGAUCUUCGUCGAUCAAUUCAACAUCACUUGUGUCUUUCUCUUGUGCGGCGUGUCCCCUUCUUCUCCCAAAUGGACGAUCAACUUCUUGAUGCUAUUUGUGAACGCCUUGCGUCAUCACUAAGCACUGAAGGGACCUACAUAUUUCGAGAGGGUGAUCCAGUGGAUGAAAUGCUGUUUAUCAUCAGAGGGCAAUUGGAGAGCUCCACGACCAAUGGAGGAAGGUCUGGAUUCUUCAAUUGCAUCAAACUCCGGCCUGGUGACUUUUGCGGAGAGGAAUUACUGACAUGGGCCCUAAUGCCAAACUCAACCCUCAACCUUCCUUCUUCUACUCGUACUGUCAAAGCUCUUUCUGAAGUUGAAGCUUUUUCACUACAAGCAGAGGAUCUGAAAUUUGUGGCAUGUCAGUUCAAGCGCCUUCACAGUAAGAAACUUCAGCAUGCCUUUAGGUAUUAUUCCCAUCAAUGGAGGACAUGGGGUGCUUGCUUCAUACAAGCUGCUUGGAGACGAUUUCAGAAAAGAAAGGCAACAAGGGAGUUAUCCCUGAGAGAGGGUCUCUACUACCUGCCUGAGACGGAUGGAAAUGAACAUUUUGAGGACCUUCAAAUCGGAGAAUCCUCAGGGAAUGUGAAAAAGAUUCAGAAUCUUGGUGCAACUGUCUUGGCCUCAAAGUUUGCUGCCAAUACAAGAAAAGGGACCCAUAAGCUAGCAGAUCCUGUGCCCAAAUUGUUCAAGCCAUCUGAACCUGAUUUUUCUCAACCAUGA